UAAAGCACAGCUAUCUCAUUCGCCCAUUCGGCCGCCAGCUGCGAUGCCAGUCGCGCGUCCUAUCUACAUCUAUUAGCACUAAACUUUAAAAUGACGUUCGACACCGAAAGAUUUAUAACCGAAAUUGAAAAUAGACCUGCAAUAUGGGAUACAUCAUCAGAUGAAUAUUCUAACCGCCAUUUGAAGAAAAAGAGUUGGGAAGAAGUUGUACAAAUAUUUAAAGAAAAGGACGGCAUGACUAAACAAGAAAAAAAAUAUAUGGGAGAUGUAUUACAAAAAAAGUGGAAAAGUAUUCGUGGUUGCUUUAUGAGGGAAAUUGCGAGACAAAAAGCGGUAAGGUCAGGAAAUGGUGUUGGACCCCGUAAAAGCGAAUACAUAUACUUUAAACAACUUAAGUUUUUAAAAAAAGUAAUGAUCACAAGACAAUCCACUCAACCAUCCGAAAUCGAAGAGGAACAUUCUCAAAACGAUUUGGAUAUUGAUCAAUCUAGACCACAACAACAACAUAUAAACAAAGGGAUUAAUUCUGAGUCUGGAAAUGAUCCACUCCAAGAGUUCUUAUAUAAACCACUAGAACAAAGAGACAGUUAUGAUUUUGCAGAACAAGACGAGGAUAAAAUGUUUCUGUUGUCACUUGUAUCCACACUUAAAAAAGUACCAGAACAUAAAAAGAUAGCGACAAAAAUAAGAAUGAUGUCUUUACUUGAGGAAGCAACGCAGACCACCUCGCAUACUUAUUAUGAAUAGUCCCAAAAUCAUUAAUUUAUUCCAGAACUAUCCGCCUCAACAUUUACAUAAAUACCAUCCUGGUUAUUUAACUUGUCAUGGAGCAACCGACUCCAGAAGAUUAUCAUUCGGCAUUACUUGUACAACAUCUACGAUCAAUGA